AUGGACGAGUUACUGAGGCAGAGUCUAGUCAUGCAGAGGGCGGUCACUAGUACAGCCAACAGUCUGCAGAAGACCCGAGAGAAUAUCCGAUGUCUGAAAGAAGAGUAUCAGAGGUAUAAAGAGUGGGAGAGAAAUCUGAUUGCCCAAAAAGAGAUGCGCAAGUUGGAGUUGGAUAAAGCCAAAAGGGGAGAGUUCAAUGCUGAAGAUAAGCUUGCGAAGAUAGACUUGGAACACGUGGAAUGUGAGAAGUUGAUUGAGAGACAGAGGAAGUUGUUGGAGGACAAGAGUAGCGAGAAGUACUCGUUGCAGAACAAACUGAAACAGAUGCACGACAGGGAGAGACGAAUGCACAACGAAAUAGAAGGACUAUCCAAAAUCCUGACUGGCGUGGAGAGGAGGAACGACAAACAUGACGUGGAACUGCUGCACCUGUUGGACAGGAUGGUGGUGCUGGAGUACACAGUGCAGAAGAUGCAGGUGGCAGUGCAGCAGAUGAGUGUGAACAGAGAGGACGAAGUGGAGGAUGACUCACUCAAGAAGAAGAUGAAGCAGCUCAGGGCUAAUCUCGAGAAACUGAACCAGACAGUUCGAAGAUACGAGAAGGAAGUCGGCAGCCAACGCACUGAGAUUAAGCUAGUUCGGCAGGAAUACGAGAAAAGCCGAGAGCUCGAAGAGUCGCUAACUGCCGACCGAGAACAUGAGCACUUUUAUAUUGAAAACGCAGUUCGUAUUUUGGGACUGAAGAAAAAACAAAAAGAAGAAGCUUUGAAAGAUUUCUGUGUGCAUAAAAUGAAAGUAAUGGCUCUAGAAAAAAGUGAAAAAACGACUGCAGAAAAACUACACGAUCGUGAAGAUAAGUUAGACUUUAUGGAAUCAACGCGAGAUGAAAUGAAGCUUUUAAUGAAGUUGACAGCAGAGCAAAACGCGUACGAAGUUCGACUGCUGCGAGAGGCCAACUCGCAAAUAAACCACGAAUUAGGGCAAAAGCAAGUUCAACUCGAACAAAGGAGAAAAUUUUACGAGACGCUUUUGGCUCGGACGCCCAAUAAGGCGUCCCAAGAAAUGGCACUUUCGGAGUUUGUUCAGGAGCGUGAAAACUUGAAAAAUCAAGGGGACAAGUUGGAUAAAGACGUGAAAAAAGCAGAGAAAGAACUAGAGGCUUUGUUCAACACACUUAAGAUCUUGGAUCUUGAAAACUCAGCUUUGAAAGCAAAGUAUGAAGGGAAAACAAAAGCGAAAAGCAAAGAGACAGCAGCCCAUGAAGAGACCAUGUUGGAGCUGAAACAAAAGCUGACGUCACUCAAAAAAGAAGUGUCUUAUAAGAGAAACCAAGUGGCUGAGUUGAAUGAAGAGAGAGGGGUCUGCACCGAGCGACUGCAGAAGAUGGACAAACAGAUAGAGGAGCAGCAGGAAUACCUGACCGAAAAGACACUGGUCCUUUCUAAGGCCAAAACCGAACAAAAGACUAUCAACGAGAAGCUAAACCGAGCCAGGGCUGCUGUCCAGAGAAGCGUGAAGGGACUAGAUCCAGGAUCCUCUGGCUACCGAGACAUUAACUUAAGACACGGGAGAACAAGAUUGCAGUCGAUAGUUGGAGAAGUGAUGGAUGCUUUGAAAGAACACCCACAAGAACUAGGGCUGAUGAAAGAUUAUUUGAAAGAAGAGAAAAUUGCGAUUCCCAAUAACUAA